AUGGCGCCAGGCACAACAGCACCACCCCUCGACGAUCUCGACAACUACGACAUUGACGACUUUGACGACCCGUUCCGCUCCCCCAGCCCUCAACCGCAGGCUCAAACCCAGAACGGCUCCUCCCAGAAGCGCAAGAUCGACGGCCUUGGCCUUGACGAGGAGGUCGACGUCGCCAAGCGCGCCCGCGUACCCCGCAUCAAGCUCGACGAGACCCGUCUCCUCUCAGAAGAUGGCAUCCCUAAGCUGCGCCGGCGCGCCGCCGACCUGAAGCUCAAGGGCAAAGGCCACGAAUUCUCCGACGCAGCGCGGCUGCUCACCUUUUACCAGUUCUGGCUCGACGACCUCUUCCCCAAGGCGAAGUUCCUCGACGGCCUCGCCAUGGUCGAGAAGGCAGGCCACAAGCGCACGCUGCAGAGCAAGAGAAUCGAGUGGAUCGACGAGCUCAAGCCGCGCGCCUCGGCGGCGGCGGACGACGAGGACGAGAAGCCCCGCGCGGACGAGGGGCCGAGGCAGCAUGGCGACGACACGGGCGGCGAGGCGAUGGCGCAGAGAAACGGGCGCGCAGAGAUGACGGCGGCGAACACGAGACCCAAGACGCCGAUGGCGCUGGACGAAGACGACGUACCGGACGAGGCGGAUCUCUACGGUGCGACGCCCAAGAGGACGGCUGCUGGCACAACGAGCGUGCCGAGGCCUGCGGACCCGGAUGAUGAGGACGACCUCGAGGCGCUCAUGGCGGAGGCGGAAGCAGAGACGGGCCCGAGACGGGAGCCCGAGGGAAAGGUGGCGCCCGCGGUCAACGAUUAUGAAGAUGACGAAGCCGCAAUGGCUGAGAUGGACGGGCUGUGGUGA